GUGCACCUGAUCAACAACUUGUCCCCGAAGAAAUGUCUGACUUUCUGUUGUCCGUAAACACAAAAGUUGCACAACCAAUUAUUUCUUGCUUGAAUCUGUCCGAGGGAACGAUGAUUCAGCUGGCCGAGUCCUAUAUUGGGAGAGCAAUUCCGGGGCUGGUUGUUCAUAACCAAGAUCGUAGAAAUCUCCCAAAAUUGUCAGAUCAUUCUCACUGGAUGGUAUCCGGAGGUCGACUGUUUAAAAACUUGGUGCGUAUAGCAAUUAGAGUGCCAGGAAUAUCGGGUAUUCAGAUUCAAAAUUGCAAGAAUCCGAUCGAAAGCAAACAAUUACUGAAUGAAUUUGAUGUAAUAAAGACAUUACAAGGAGACAAAAUUCAUGUGAAUAUUGUGAAAAUGUUUGCAUUCAACCCUAAUCCCAGUCCAAUACCAUUUUACGUCAUUGAAAGUUUUCAAACAUUUCUUAUCGAUAAACUUCUGCAUGCAAGAAAACGCCAAGAGUUUCUUUCACAGGAUUGGAUGAACAACCGGUUUUUGGACAUUGCAAGUGCCAUCGAUUUCCUUCAUCAGAAGAAAAUUAUACACAGGGAUAUAACCAUAAACUCUUUUGCAAUAAGGGAGUACCCGUCUAAUGGUCACGAGAAAGCUGUUCUCUGUAGCCUUGAGAUGGCAUGCUCAAACGACAUCGAAGCAUCAGCAAACACUGGACAUAUAGGGGAUAUUCAUGGAGAGAACAUUCCAACAAGAUGGUCAGCUCCAGAAUCACUAUGGGAUGAUAAAUACGAUGUUUAUACUGACAUCUGGAUGAUCGGUCACGUGAUCCAUACACUGUUCACUUACGGCUGUGAGCCAUACACGGAGUUAUACAGUGAAACAACUGACGAUAUCAUGGCUAAGGUCGUUUCCUGUGGACUGAAACCGUACAAAUGGCGAUGUGUUCCUCUUCCUUACCAUCAACUUGCCACCGAGUGUCUGCACUUUGACAGGAGAAAAAGAACACCAAUAGAUAAAAUGUGUCAACGGUUAAAAGAAAUGAGAAAGAAUCAAGAACAUUUGCGGAAAUCUUGUAAGCAUGAAAGAUAUUUUAUUGAUCAAUUACCUAAGAUCUCAGAUCAACAAACUGAAAGAGAACAUAAACCCGAACGGGGAAUUCCGUUGAUGGUGAAGAAAAUGAAAGAAUUGCCAGGUAUUGCAGAUAAAAGGAAAAGCUACUUUGAGAUAAAAAGGCGGGUUCCGACGAGCCCUAAUCCUGAUUACGCACCUCUUGUGAUGACUUUGGGUCUGGGGGAUCUUUUAUCCCCAGAUGAACCAAAAAUCAGCAGGAAGGGAUUUGAACUUGAAGUAGAGGAAGAAGUUACCGUAGACUUUCAUGAUAAAAUACUCCCUAAAAUGAGCAAAGAUUUUGCAGAGAAAAUGUGCAUAACGAAAUGGCCACCGGUGAAGCAAUCUUUCACUCUUCAGGAAGUAAAAAUAAUAUUGAAAUACAGUUUCCCAGCAUGUAAGAACAUCAUAGACUUAGCCUCCUCACAAGAAAGGACAGACGACCCCAUCCACAUUGUACAUCAAGUUGCAUGUCUUGUGAAAAGGAUGCACGAAAAACAUUGGUUAUUGGUGGAUAUAACUGGGAAAAAUAUAUAUAUUCAAGAGGAAAACGAUUUAAAGGCUUGUCAAGUACGAAUAGGAAGAAUGUUAAGAUUACCAACAGGGGAAGAUAGCGUGACGUGUGGUAGGAAACUCGAAGAUAUUAUGUACUGGCUUCCAAAGGAAGUGAUUGGACACGGCGAAAUGUCCACAGGAAGUGACGUUUAUACAAUGGCCAUGCUGUUUUACGAGUUUUACAUGGCGGUCUCUGGAAACGAUAAGUUGCAAUGUGUACCCUUUUCCUACAAACACAGAUCUCACAUUUUGAGUCAUUUACAUGACGGCCAUUUUCCUGAUCGGCCACCUGCUUGUCCGGAAUGGCUAUAUGAGGAAGUGAUGAAACCGUGUUGGGACCAAGACAGAACAAGUCGACUUACAGCUGCAGAUGUUGAGAGGAUCGUAGCAAGAAGGAUUACAACCAUCCAUGAAAGAAAGAAAAAUGCAGAGAUCGAUACUUAUGACAGGUACGAAAACAUGAGUAAGAAAUUGACUGAACUAAAUUUUGUAUCGCAUGAUAACUUGGAAAAGGCUGAAACAGCUGACGAUGGAGAAAGCGACGAAGACUAUGCUUAUGUACAACCCGCAGAUCAAUCCAGUGGAUCAAUCUGCUUAGAGGAAAAGAUGAAUACCUACUAUAAUGAUGAAAGAACCCCCAAAGAAGAAUUUAAUUCAAGUGCAAACACAUCUAAUAAAGCCCAGCAUUCUGCAAAAGAAUUUGAUAACACACAUCAAAGAAAAGGAAGUCAAGAAUUUCAGAAAAUCCCAGAUAAAGAGUAUUUAAAGCGCACAUGUAGUGAUCAGUCUGGGGAGCUAGUAGACGUUCCAAAUUAUGAACUAUUUUCUCAAUCAGAACAGUUUGAUGCUGGAACUGAAGAAGAAUACCCCUAUAGUGAAACUCCUAAUUACGAAAACGAAACUAUUCAUUCCUCAAGAAUGAAUAUCGUUGAUCCACAACCAUUUAGAAUUAACAUAUCUCAUUUGGAUCUACCAUCUCCCCAUGUACACAAAGAAAAUCCAGUAUUCCAAAGUGAUGCCUCCUCCUAUCCUUGUGCAUAUAACACUCCCUCUUGUGGAUUAGACUGUGAGUUACAAGUACCAACUAGGGCAAGCACCUGUGAACAAGAGGACUCGUCGGAUGAUACGGACUAUGAAAACUGAUUUUGUUAUGUGAAUCAAUGAUAAAAAUCUGAUGAAUAUUUAUUACCCAAAUACCUUAAAUGCCCACAUACAUAUAUGACACUUUUUCGAAGAAAAGGUGAAACUUGCUGGACAACUACGCUUUUGUACUUUUUUUAAAAAAAAAAAAAAUCCAUUUCAUACUCAAAUGUAUUUCUGCCAGUAAUCACACAUUGUUUUGCUUCCUUUCGUUGAUACUUUUUUUUUUUGAAGCUGCCAAAAUGCAUUGAACUUGAUUUUAUUUUUCUAUUCCCUUACCCCUUACUAGAUCUGUUCCAAAUUUUGCAAUUUCAGAAUAACUGUAAGUUUGGCUAGGAAGAAAUUUACUCUUGUUUAUUAAGUAUGCUCAACUUCCGCUAAGUAUACUUAAUGUUAGCUAAGUAUACUCAAAGUUAGAGCCGUGCCGCUUUUAAUAGUAUUUUACCAUUUAAAAUUUUAAGUGAAGACUUAUCUUCCCGUUCUUCUGAUGUAAAAAAAAAAGCUUUCACUUUGCAUGUUUUAUAUUGAAAAAAAGGUUCAAGAGAGGAAACAUUAUAGUUGCUCUGUGAUUUGU